AUGGAGGGCAACGCGCACCUCCUGCAGCUCAUCCGCAAGAUGCGUUCCCAAAUCAACAAGCUGGAGAGGGAGAACAGGGCCCUGAAGGGAGAGCUGCGGGGCUGCGGGCGCACGGCGCUGCCGGCGCGGGGAGACGCGAGCGGCGGUGCGGGGAGAUGGGAGCCCGGAGGCGCCGCGGCCGCUGCAGCGCCGAGGGAGCAGACAGAUACUGCCAUGACUGUGAGACGCUACCCCACCGCCUCCCCAGCUCCCGCUCCUUCCAGCACAAGGGCCCACUGGGCUGGCACGAAAAGCACUGGGCUCCCGGAGGUGCCAGGCAGUGCCCAGCCACCAGCCCCUCCUGCAGCAGCACAGCUCAGCAGGGAAGAGGAGGAAGGGCUUGGAAAAUCACCAGCCCGUUGUCCCUCCUCCAGCCACUCCAGCAACAUGAAGCUGUUUCAGGAGCACGUCUAUAAGUGCCAGGGUAAAGUGAAGGCUGUGAGUUUCCUCUUACCAACAGAUAUGUCAUCAUUUGCUGAAAAGCAAGGUUCUCUCAAAAGCCCACAAAAUCAGAGCACGAAACAUCUGAUGACCAUCACUGAAAAGAAUAUGUGA